AUGGCGGAGGAUGCGCCAUGGCAGGCAUCAAUUCAGUCUGAUGGCAACCACAUUUGCAGCGGUGCUAUCCUCAGCACCAAGUACAUAGUCACGACCUCGGAUUGCGCAUCAAAGAGUCCACUGUCUAACCUAAAGGUCGUCGUAGGCAAUUCCAUUCGGUUCUCGGAGUCCGGAACUGUAGCGGGGGUUUGCAAAGUGACCAUCCACCCCCAGUCUGCCAAGAAAAAGUACGCCAGCAAUUUGGCGCUGUUGAACCUGUGCGAGCCACUGAAACCCUCGAACAAGAUCAAGGAAAUCCAGCUUAUCGACAAGCAGCCCGAUCUGCUGGCUAAAGCCACAACUUCCGGCUUUGGCGCCCUCGGAUGGUGGGGCUUGACAAAAAAAAAAUGUUGGUCCGUUUCAUCGGCGGUCCUGCGAAAACGAGAUGUCAAGCUCUACGACGUAAAGGCAUGCAUCGCUGAACGAAUUGGUUGGUUUGGUAAGGCCUCUGGCAUCACGGAUCAGAACAUUUGCGCCGCCAACCAGGAUAAGGGCUGCUCCUUCGACAAGGGUUCUCCGCUGGUCAUCGAUGGCAAGUUGGCGGGCGUAUUGGCACUGGGCGAUUGUUCCAAGAAGCCCGAUGUCUUUGUCAAUUUGUUCCAUCACACCAACUGGAUAAAAGAUAAUACUAAGGACAAUUAA